AUGCCGGCACCCGUAAACCAGCCAAAGACCCUUUACGACAAGAUCUGGGAUGACCAUGUCAUCGAUAUCGACAAGGAUGGACUUGCGCUCAUCUACAUAGAUCGCCAUCUCGUACACGAGGUUACGAGCCCCCAGGCGUUCGAGGGACUUCGCACUGCCGGUCGUCCUGUCCGUCGUCCAGACUGCACUCUCGCCACCGUUGAUCACAACAUUCCAACCGCGUCGCGCAAAAACUUCACGACCGUUGAAGAUUUCGUUGUCCAACCCGACUCACGCGCACAAUGCACUUCGUUGGAGGACAACGUCAAGGCGUUCGGUCUCACCUAUUUUGGCAUGACGGACCGGAGACAAGGCAUCGUGCACGUCAUCGGCCCUGAGGAAGGUUUCACGCUGCCAGGCAUCACCUGUGUUUGCGGUGACUCGCACACAUCCACCCAUGGAGCAUUUGGCUCCCUCGCCUUCGGCAUUGGUACAUCAGAAGUGGAGCACGUCCUCGCAACCCAAACCCUCCUACAGAAGAAGGCGAAGAACAUGCGCGUCACCGUCGAUGGCACGCUCAACGAGGGCGUGACCUCGAAAGACGUCGUCUUGCACAUCAUUGGUACCAUCGGCACCGCCGGUGGGACAGGAUGCGUCAUCGAGUUCGCAGGUUCCGUCGUUCGCAGCUUCAGCAUGGAGGCGCGAAUGAGCAUGUGCAACAUGAGCAUCGAGGGCGGUGCUCGUGCUGGCAUGAUCGCUCCCGACGAGAUCACCUUCAAUUACCUCCGCAACCGCCCGCUCGCACCGAAGGGCGAGUAUGGGACCACCGACGACGGCGCAAAGUUCGACAUUGAGGUCAACAUCCACGGCGAGGACAUCAUCCCGACUGUCACUUGGGGCACGUCUCCUCAGGAUGUCGUUCCCAUCACUGGUAAAGUCCCCGACCCCGCCGCUGCCAGCGAUGCCAGCAAGAAGGCUGCGAUCGAACGUGCUCUCAAGUACAUGGGCCUUGAACCCAACACCCCCAUGGAGGAGGUGAAGAUCGACAAGGUCUUCAUUGGCUCCUGCACCAACUCUCGCAUUGAGGAUCUCCGCUCCGCUGCGAGGAUCGUCCUCGCUGCUGGCCCCGAUGCCCACAUAUCUCAAGGCGUGUAUGCCAUGGUUGUUCCUGGCUCUGGUCUCAUCAAGCAGCAAGCUGAGGCGGAGGGCCUCGACACGGUUUUCAAACGCGCUGGCUUCGACUGGCGCGAGGCGGGUUGCUCGAUGUGUCUGGGAAUGAACGAGGACCAGCUCACCCCCGGCGAACGCUGCGCCUCCACGAGCAACCGCAACUUCGAGGGCCGCCAAGGUCCGGGUGGACGCACCCACCUCGUCAGCCCCGCUAUGGCCGCCGCAGCCGCGCUCACCGGCAAGCUCACCGAUGUCCGCAAGUUCCUGGGCGCGGACGCCGAAGCGAAGAUCGCGGCGGGCCCGAAACUGAAGCUCGCGAACGCGUCAGAGUUCCUCACGGACCCCGUCCUUCCCCCACCGGAGCCGAUCCAGGUUUCCGCCGCCGCAGCCGCUGCGGCCGCGGAAAAGCCUCUGCCUGGGGCCGAAUCAUCGUCGAAGGUGGCCAAGUUCACGGUGCUCAAGGGCAUCGCCGCACCGCUCCACAUCGAGAACUGCGACACGGAUAUGAUCACGCCCGCUCGGUUCUUGAAGGUGCUCACGCGGACCGGGCUGAAGAUCGCGCUCUUCGCGAACCUGCGCGUUGGACCAGACGGCCAGCCGACCGACUUCAUCCUCAACCGCGCGCCGUACACUCAGGCGAAAAUCCUGGUCUGCGACAAGCCGAACUUUGGUUGCGGCAGCUCGCGUGAGCACGCGCCGUGGGCGCUGAAGGACUUCGGCAUCAUGUGCGUCAUUGCGCCGAGCUUCGCGGACAUCUUCAAGAACAACACGUUCCAAAACGGCAUGCUCCCGGUCGCUCUCCCCGCGGAGGCGUGCGUCGCGCUCGCGGCCGAGGCGGAGCAGGGCCUCGAGCUCGAAGUCGACCUGGAGAAGCUGGAGGUGCGGCGCGCGAGCGGGCAGCCGAGCUUCAGCUUCGAGGUCGACCCGUUCCGCCGGCACUGUCUGCUGAACGGGCUGGACGACAUCGCGCUCACGCUGCAGAAGGACGCGGUGAUCGAGGAGUUCGAGGUGCGCAGGAGCGAGGCGUGGCCGUGGCUGGACGGCUUCGGCUACAAGGGUCGGCGCAUUCCUGUGGCGGCCCCGAAGAAGGCAAACAAGAUGGAUUGGUGA